AGUAGAUGCGGUCGGUGGGAGCGGACGCUGAGCGGGGAAGGGGCCGACAGCGGCAGCGGCAGCCAGCCGCGCGGGGGGACGGACGGACAGGGACAGCCAGCCGCGGGAGGGCGCACGGUCGGCCUGGCACGGGGGCAGGCAGCUGCGGCGGAGCACGCGGAGAGGCAGCCCGAGGCGGGGACAGACGGACAAGGUGACAAGGGGACACAGACACACACUCCCCAUCCGCCGACCCCCAUCCAGGCCCAGUCCACACCCUCGGGGCGGCCGAGCGGAGCGGGGAGACGCCUCCGCGCCCGCCCCCCCGCGGCGGCGGCGGCUGCUCCGUGUGACUGCGCACCGGGAGCGCUUUGGGGCGGGACGGGAGAGCCCGUCACAGCGGCUGCUCCACCGCCUUCCCACGGCCUGGGAUGCAGCCCGGAGCCGCGGGGAACCGUGUAGCCAGACUUCGGGGCACGACGGCCUGACACCCACCCGGGGCUGCGUGUCCCCAACGGUAACGAGGGAACGGGGCUUGGAGACAGAGCAAGGAGCAGGCUGGGGCUCUGAGGGGAGAAGGGAGAAUUCUGGGGAGGUGUGGGAGCCCUACCUCAGGGAACUGCUGGUGAUGACAGAGUUGGCAACAGCUGGACCAAGACGGUAGGACCUCUUCCCUUCCCCAAGGAUUUGAAGCUGGGCCAAGCCGUUGCACACCCAUUGUCGUUUCACGGUGGCCCAGAGAAGUAAACACUGCACCCGAGGGCACGGAGCAGGACGCUGCUGCACUGAGCUCCUCUGUAGCUGGAGAGACACAGUUCCAAAAAGCGAGUGCAGCCCUGGUCAAAAGGGACAGCAAGAGAACUGUGGAGUUCAUCCAAACUUCCACUGGCUGCGAGGGCCUCAGGGCAAUACCUGGAGGCUGGAAAUCAUCCGACUACCUGCUUGGGCAUCAAGACGUCAGCCUUUCAGCUGGACUGUGGCACUUGUCUGAGCCUGAUGAGGAGCUGGGGCUGCAUGUGAACGUAUGCAGACCAGGAAGAAAUACAUUUUCCUGGCUUUCCUUGCCUCUUGGCUCCUGCUUUUCUUCUUUGGAAGAGACCAGCUGCACCGUUUAACUUUCUUUUCCAGGAAGAAAGCCGAAGCCCAGAGGAACUGGCCAUGCUGGACAGAUCAGUCCAUGCUCAAAAACUUUGUAGACCUUGAGGCACUCCAGAGCGAUGGGAACCCCUCACUGCCAUCACCUCGGGAGCAGCGUGCAGCACGACUGAGCAUCUACCAGAACAGCAGAUGCCGGAUGGAAACUUGCUUCAACUUCUCCAGAUGUGAGAAGCAUGGCUUCAAAGUCUUCACCUACCCCCGGGAGAGGGACCAGCCACUCUCAGAGAGUUACAGCAAAAUCCUCACCUCCAUCGAGCACUCUCGCUACUACACCCCAAAUCCCGAGGAAGCCUGUCUCUUCAUCCUCAGCAUUGACACAUUGGACCGUGACCAUCUAUCUAGUCAAUAUGUCCAUAAUAUUGAUGAGAAAAUUCGUGGCUUCCCGCUCUGGAACGACGGCCGUAACCACCUCAUCUUCAACCUCUACUCGGGCACCUGGCCCAAUUACACUGACGACCUGGGCUUUGAUAUUGGCCAGGCCAUCCUGGCCAAAGCCAGCUUCUACACUGAGAACUUCAGGCCCAACUUUGACAUCUCCAUCCCUCUCUUCUCCAAGGACCAUCCACAGCGUGGUGGGGAGAAGGGGUGGUUGUAUCAGGACUCUGUUCACCCGAAAAAGAAAUACUUGUUGGUGUUCAAAGGGAAGCGGUACCUGACUGGUAUCGGCUCCAGCACCAGGAACGCACUGCACCACAUCCACAACGGGAAGGACAUCAUCUCGCUCACCACCUGCAGGCACGGAAAGGACUGGGAGAAGCACAAGGACACACGCUGUGACAAGGAUAAUGUCGACUAUGAAAAGUUUGACUACCAGGAGCUGUUGCACAACUCCACCUUCUGCAUUGUGCCCCGGGGCAGGCGCUUGGGAUCCUUUCGCUUCCUGGAGGCAUUACAGGCUGCCUGUAUUCCUGUGCUGCUGAGUGAUGGCUGGGAGCUGCCCUUUGCUGAAGCCAUCGACUGGAGCAAAGCUGCCAUCGUGGGCAAUGAGAGGCUGCUGCUGCAGAUCCCCUCAGCUGUCCGCUGUAUCCACCCCGAGCGCGUGCUGGCUUUCCAGCAACAGACCCAGUUCCUGUGGGAUGCGUACUUCUCCUCCGUUGACAAGAUUGUGCACACCACACUGGAGGUCAUCAAGGACCGUCUGCUCCCAUACCGUUCCCGUUCCCGCUUCCUCUGGAACGCGCUGCCUGGGGGGCUCUUGGCUCUGCCCAACUUCUCCACCUACCUUGGGGACUUUCCCUUCUAUUACCUGCAGCAUGGCUCUAGCCCCUCUGAGAAGUUCACAGCAUUCAUCCGGGCUGUCUCACCAAUGGAGUCCCCCUCCCAGCCCAUCCUCAGGCUCAUCCGGGCUGUCUCUGGAUCCCAGUACUGUGCCCAGAUCCUGGUUCUGUGGAACUGGAAGAAGCCACCGCCGCCAAGUGGGCAAUGGCCCCAGACCACUGUGCCUCUGACCAUCAUCCAGGGCAGGGGGAAGCUCAGAGACCGCUUCUUUCCCUAUGAGGCCAUCCAGACAGAUGCCGUGCUGAGCCUGGAUGAGCACAUCAGCCUCUCGACCAGUGAGCACAGUGACAUCCCCGUCCCAUGCCAGGUGGACUUUGCCUUUGUGGUGUGGCGCAGCUUCCCUGAGCGCAUCGUGGGCUUCCUCAUGCGGAGCCACUUCUGGGACCCCGAGCAGAGGCGCUGGGGCUACACCUCAAAAUGGACCAACGAGCUCUCCAUUGUCCUCACUGCCGCUGCCUUCUACCACAGAUAUUAUCACAACCUCUUCACGGAGUUCCUCCCGGCGGGGCUGCGGGAGCUGGUGGAUGGCCUGGCCACCUGUGAGGACAUCCUGAUGAAUGUCCUUGUGGCUGCCGUUACCAAGCUGCCACCCAUCAAGGUCACCCAGCAGAAACAGCACAAGGACAUCAUCCCCCAGCAGGUGAAGGGCACAGCAAGGAUGGCCAGUGGCCAGCAUUUCUCCCAGCAGCAGGACUGCCUCAACCAGUUGGCUGACUGGUUUGGCUACAUGCCCCUCGUGUCCUCCCAGCUGCGCCUUGACCCCGUCCUCUUCAAGGAUCAGGUCUCUGUCCUGCGCAAGAAAUAUUCACGUUUGGAGAAACCCUGAGGGCCGCUGAGGGACAGGGCCCAGAGCCAAGUGCUGCUGAUGAUGGGAGUUUUACUUGUUAUUGGGUUUUACCAGUACAAUAAAUGUGGGUGGAGAGGCA